GUUCCGAUAGUUGGAAAUCGAAUGGUUGUGUUUUAAUUUACUUAAUGUGCCUUAAUAGUUGACAGAUGUGCAACUGUGCUUUCUGAUAGAGAAAAUAUGCAUCCUCAUGAUUUUCAGGCAACAACUGUUAUAAUGGUCACAGAAGCUUGCACACUGUGCUGUGCGCCAAUGUAGGACACUUAUGUUUCUGUUUUGUUCUAUGCAGGCAAGUCUACCAUUCUUAGACUAAUCUUCAGAUUUUUCGACACCCAUGCUGGAAGUGUAAGAGCUGAAAUUUUCUUUCUGAUAAAUGUACAUUGAAUUUACCUACAACAUCCUUCACGUUUUAGGAAAUAAGACAGGAAGGAAAAAGAAAUUGGCUUGUCUUAUAUCUAAAUUCACAGAUAGCAGAAGAAGGUUUUUGAAGCAGUUAACAAAAAGUAAAACUGCAACUGAUCAUAAUGACCAAAAAUAUAUUCCUUCGAUAGCUGCUCCUAAAGCAUAGAAAUCUGGAUUGAACUCUUGUAAAAGACUUGGCAGAAGGUUUCUCCCCUAUUUCUUUGGCUUUUUUGCUUUUAUCUUUGAUGAGUUUUCUCCUGUUGAAGUCCGAUAGUUUACCACUGCUACUGGGGUUGUCCCUGUAAUAAGACUAGAACUUUGAAAUUGGUUCUUCCCAGAUACGAAUUGAUGGCCAGGACAUACGGGAUAUUGAAUUAGAUACUCUACGGAGCUCUGUUGGUGUUGUGCCACAAGAUACUGUAAGUUAGUUGAAGCAGCUAAAUUUUGUCCAUAUACCUCUGUGGUGUGAACUAAUGAAAAUCUUCUCUUUUAUAUUACAACUUAUAUUGUUGAUCAGCUGGGUUGUGUUUCUCCAUUUACAGGUACUUUUUAAUGAUACAAUAUACCACAACAUCCAUUAUGGUCGUCUUUCAGCAAGUGAAGACGAGGUGAGUAUCUUAUUCCGAGGAUCAUGAAAUGGUCAACUUAUUAGCUUCGCUGUUCUGAGGACCAUGAUCUGGUGAGCUGGGUUCUCUUUCUCCAUUUACAACUGUUCGCAUUCAGGUUUAUGAUGCUGCUCGGCGUGCAUCCAUUCACGAUACUAUUAUGAACUUCCCUGAGAAAUACUCAACUGUGGUUGGAGAACGCGGGCUUAAGGUGAGAAGUCACUUGCUGUUAACUUAAUCAUGCUCUGCUUGUCCUUUCUAUCGUCUUCCCAAUAAAGUUGCACAUUUUAAUAAAUCUCUGUGAGAUUGGUGCAAUGUUAUGUGCUUUCAAGUUUUUUUUUUUUGUCAUUGGUUUAUUCCUGGUCAUUGUGAUCCAUUAAAAAAGAGUACUUAUUCUUAUAAGUUUGUAGCUGAUUGUCUAUACUUUUUUAAACCAGCAUAGAUUAUUUUGACUGUCCAUAUUCUUGAAUUGAGAUUGAUUAGGGUGCCUUUCUGUUCAGUUAAGUGGUGGUGAAAAGCAGCGGGUUGCUUUGGCUCGUGCAUUCCUGAAAGCGCCGCCAAUUCUGUAAGAACACAAUUGUAUAAGUUUUGUGACAUUGAGUAAGCAGCUUCUUCUCUUAGUAGUUGCACCUGAUGCCAACUCUCAAUCUCAAAAAUGAAAAAGUAGAACAAUACCAUUUAAUAGGUCCUUGUGUUACUAAAUUUAUUUUCCUUUCCAAAGUCUCAAGACUGUAAUCAGCCAAAGGUUCUGGCUUAUUUAGGUCAUUCUUCUCUGUUAUAGUUUUUUUUUACCUGAAAUUGACUGUGAAGAAGUGAAAUCUGAAGUUACUAUAAAUCACAAAGUAGUGUUGGUACUUACGGAGGGAAGACAUUUUGUUUAUUAUAAGCCAUCAGCUGCAUGUAUGUUGGCUUCAGACGAUCCCCAAGAGGAAUUAUGCAGAAAGUUAAUAUAUUUUGUGUUUACCUAUCUGUUUGUUCCAAGUUCAGUUUUGCUGUUUUUUGGUGGGAAGUAUAUGCUACUUUCAAAUGAUCAAAGCAGUACCUGACUGUAAGAAAGACUGCAUCCGCCUAUGGAACAUCCACGGCUUGUGUUUAGCUGUAAAACUUGAAUCCUGAACAAGGAUGAUAAAGAACCCCUUGGCUACUAAGAUUCCAUUCCUUCAUGGAAAAGAUGGACUCCAAUUUGACAUUUCCGCCCGACGUCUUUGUUAUUUGCAGAAUUCAUAUUUUAAUUGAUUUGACAAUUGCUGCAAUUAAGUCUAAAGUUCCUUGUGCUAAUAUCUCAGGCUGUGUGAUGAGGCAACAAGUGCACUUGACAGCACGACAGAGGCUGAGAUACUAACUGCGCUCAAGUCAUUAGCUGAUAAUCGUACUUCAGUUUUUAUUGCCCAUAGACUUACUACUGCAAUGCAAUGUGAUGAGGUACGCAUUUGUCUCCAAUCUAACAUGGUGCUGAAAAUUAAGUGUCGGCUAAACUGCUUGCCAUCAUUCUCUUUCCCAGUAGUUGAACAUAUUCUUUCAACCUUUUUGGAUCCUCUGCUUAGUACUGUACCCCUUCUCACCACAAAAACAUCAUUUUAUCAUUUGAAAGUGAAAACUGGUAAUAUCUUACUUCAAAGCAGAAUAUAAUCAAAUCAUGUAACGAUCCUGUUUGAGCAGUUUAACACGUUGGCUCAAUGUUUCACUUUAGUGGGGAACAAAUGAUUUUCCACCUCUAAUGACAAUGUUAAUGCUGCAAACUUAUAUCGUAACUCUGACUCUGCUUGAAAAGUAACAUAGUGGUUGAGUUCGUCAAGGGAUGGACUGUUAUCCUAAAUAUUGACUGCUUGGGCGUUUGUAGGUACCAUUGUAAAUGUUACUAAUAUAGUCGUCACCAAUAUAACACAAGUUGAAAUUCAAUUGUGCAAUGCAUGGAUCUUGAGCUUCUAAGUGAUCUGUAGUAUAAAUAAUAAUUACAAGCUUGUCAUGGAGGAGAAAUUUAAAUGUCAUCUGAGCCAUAGGGAUGUUUCCUGUUGUCCUUGUCUAUAAUAUCCUCCAAAAUGUAUAGUUUCAUUCCAACUAUGGGUUAUUAGCACAGCAGCAAUAAGUUACGUCUGCUGUUGCUUUCACUUACUGUGUAUGAUUUCUUUUGUCCAUUUGAUUAUGGUUUCCAGAUAAUAGUUUUGGAGAAUGGGAAGGUGGUUGAACAGGGACCACAUGAAGUCCUCUUGACCAACGCGGGGAGAUAUGCGCAGCUAUGGGGACAGCAAAAUAAUACUGUGGAUGUCAAUGAUUCAGCAGUCAAGCUGGGGGCAUGAUCGUCUCUUUGCAUGCCAUUUUAGUCCUGCUUGCGUGUAGGAGGCUAGUGAAGCAAAAUGUAGUUCUCUUCAUAUAUAUUACUGAGCAAACAUUGAUAGAAAAAAACUGCGGAGCAGUGGUUGACGGCAUCAUGAUUUGUGGUGAGUGAAUGUGUACUAAGGCAACAUGACAAUUAUGAGAAGAAACCAAUGCCAUGCUUAUAUUAUAGAUGUGUGCCACUGGAAUCAUGUUGAGAUAUGUAUUUGCACCUCCUAGUUGUCAAUCACAAACAUAAAGAGCCACGAGAAACUGCUGGGUCAAUUUUCUACAUUAAUGCCUAACUUCUUUUGCUUAGAGUAACGAAGGACUCAUUGCUGACGAUGAUUUCUCUUGUACUAUUGAUUGUGCAUAUUCGAAUAAGAAUAACAGCUUUCUGGACCACUAAUCUAUACGUGGAUGUUUUGAAGUUGGGAAAGUUCAGGUUUGGUAAUGCAUUUGUUGGGUUCGUCUUUCUGGUGAGUGCCACAUGUUUUGAGAUUCGGAUGCAUCAUAAGCCUGUGUUGCAUGCAUGCAGGCAUUUUGCUGAGACAUAUUCAUGUAUGUUUGUAGUACAUUGUUGUCAUUUGGUUUGCUUGCAUUCUGCUCUUUCCUGAGAAUUUGUGCUCUUAUGCAAUUGUUUUACAUGGGAGUUUUUUAAUAUGUUUGAGCUGACCUAAGUUACUUUGUCAUAUAGAUGAAGCCUUUCCUACUGUACUUACAUUGUGCCAGAUGUGCAAUUUCUGCUGAAAAGGGAGUCAAUAAGUAAUGGAAUCACCGUACAGUUGUCGAGUUGAUUGCACCACGUAACAGCCUGAUUAUCGACACGGAUUCUGAGUGUCUUAAUCCAUAUGAGCGUUUUGAUUUAUAAGAGACUGUUUUGAUUAUAGCUAUCAGAUCUGUUUUGAAAAGAGAUUGGGUUUCUGCGAUUUUCAAGACAUCAAGGUUGCAGACGCUCAGUUGCUUGUAAGUGUUUUCUAUCACUUGCUAGACGCUCAGUUACUCUCUAAGGAUUUCCCUCUCUGAUAGGUUGUUGAUUUCCUUUCCUUUCCGGCUGUCUAUUCAACUAAUUGUUUUAAGAAGUAUCUUCAUUCUCGGAUAUCUUCUUGCUGGAUAGGUCAGUCGAUUCGUGCGUUAGCUACAUUUGGUGCCGUGCAGAAUGUUCUGGUUUGGGAUAUCUUUGUAUUUGCUUUCUCUAGACGCUUUUUGUUUUCAAUGUCCAUCUUUAGUAGGAUAAUAAGUACCUUUCCUUUCCGAGGUAGCGUGAUUUACUAACUAUUUCAAUUUCAAUUGACAUCCUUACUUCCAUAUCUUCUCAUGGCAUAGGUAAUUGGUUAACCUGCAGUAGGUCCAGUUUUCUUUUCUGGAUACACUUACAUUGUAUUAUUUGAUUAUAUGUGGCGUUUUCUGUAGUUUGCAUGCUUGUAUUUGAAGUCAUUCUGAACUCAUUGGCGAGAUUUUGCAUGUGGUGAAUGGUCUUGGGUCGUGUUUGGAGGACUGAACCUGCAGGGGUUGGGGGUAUUUUGGGUAAUUGAUCAAUAGAUUUCAACAGGGACUUAUGUGUUAAGGACAUGGUGACUGCACCAUAAGGCUCCGACCAGCUAUCACCUGGGCUGUCAUUUAGUUCUCUGGUUCACAUUUGAGAAAAAAUCUUGAACCAGGUGGCAUGCAGUGGAAAUGCAGUCUGCUUUUGGACGGUGGAUUGUAGCAAGUAAUAGGCUCUACUUCAAUCACAAUCCUUCAGAAAGCCUACACCAAACAAUCUUUGCAUAGGUUGCUUUUGGAUUAAAAUAAGCACCACCAGCUGCUGGAAGAGUAAAGCUGCAGUUUCAAACAAUCCUUCAGAAAGCCUACACCAAACAAAGGAGCAUUGGAGUUUAUCCUUGACGUACUUCAGCGGUAAUUGCGUUUGCCUGAGUCUACUGUACUCUGGAUCCCAUUUACAUUCAAUGCAAAAGCAAAGUACUUUAAUCAGCUUGUGUGACACAGGAGAGACGUUCAAGAGUUAUUUGCAGAGCCGGAUGACCCUACAGAGGUUGGUAGUUGGGCCUCAUUCACACAUUGCAGCAAGACAAUUUUCUUUUUCUCAUGCCCCUUGCUGGUAUAUUCCUCUCAUUUUGAGGUGGCUGGCUAUUACGAUGUUGUCAAGGACCCAAUGGAUUUUGGAACAAUGAGGGCUAAACUUCAGGAAGAAAUGUAUACAAGCUUGGAACAAUUCGAGCGUGAUGUGUUCCUGGUAUUCGAUAAUGCUAUGAGAUUCAACAUGUCGAAUUCGGUAUAUUAUGAAGUGGCAGAAGAUCUCAGUAUACUGGGGCGGCAGCUUUUCCCUUCUCUUAGAACUGAACCAAGGAAUUUCAACUACAUUUACCCACGGACCAGGCAGCAGAUGUCAAACGAAGCGCAAGGUGAAGCCGGAGGUCCACGUGCUAAGCUAGUGAAAAGUGGUGGUGCCACAGGUGGUGUUUCCUGUAAAUGACUCUUUCAACAGGACUGAUCAGAGGUAUCUUUCUCCAUGGCACUCAAAACGAUACAUCAAUAGGCCGACUAGCAAAGUUGCUGCAGGUAUGAGAAUGAGAUAAGCUGGUACUUGGCACCAAAUAACUGCAUUAUUGCUCCUCUAAACUUUCAUCCUACGAGGACUUCAACUGUUAUGAAUGACCAUUGAUAUUUUGAUUCCCAAAAGAACAGGUGUUUUAUUAUAUACUAAACAAGUCAGAUUUGAGGUAUAUGCUUGAGGCCACAAUCAACUAAAAGAAAUCAAAGAGAAUUACACCUUACUAAUUGCCAAUUUUCCUCAUCGACUAUAAAGGUUUUAUCUGUGAUAUGAAUCACUUAAAUCCAGAAAAACAUUUCUGUUAACUCUUUCAAAUGAUUUUGAAGUUUGGUUAUCUGAACCUUGUGAAGACAGAUGCUGGCUGGAAGGAAUCUCUUAGUUUUUACUAGUUCUACCUGUGCAAUUUUAUGCCUGACCAAGUUGGCAGUGGUUUUACAUCUGUAUAUGAAUCAUUUAAAUCCAGGACAAGAUUCCUCUUUGCCCUUUCAAAUAGUUUUUAAAUUUUCUUGUUUGGUUAUCUGAACCUUAUGAAGAAAAGAUGCUUGCUGGAAGGGAGGCUUUUAGUUGUUACUAAGUUUGGCGCUGUGCACUUUUAUUCCUGAUCCAAGUUGACAGUGGUUUUACAUCUGUUUUCACUUUUAUAAUGAAGAAGAUAUGAUCCAAUUAAAAAAACUAGAAAUAAUAAAUUCCUUUCAUUCUCCAAUUUUAGAUCUGCAGCCACUUAAAAGAUAAUCUAUAUUUAAUUACUAAUAAUUAUGCAACUUAACAUUAUGCACUCUAUCUUGAGCCCCUAUCCACUCCCUCGUCAAUUAUCCCCAGCAAAUUCCCUCGCCCUGACCCCUUAAAAUUAGGGAUGGCAAUUUCGACCUGACCCGUUUUACCCGACCUGUUUGACCUGUUUUGGGGCGGGUCCGACCUGCCCCGUAGGCGGGGCGGGGCGGGCAUGGGUAGUCUCAUCGACCCGACCUGGCCUGACCCGCCCCAUUCUCGACCCAUUCUUGUCUAAAUCACAUGUAAUCUUAGUCAAAUUACUGAGAAUUUUCCUUUUAUUGCAUCAUAUUUUAGCUAUAAUAAAGUUGUAAAUUAGUA